CACCUCACUCCUCUAUGAGCAUUCAUUCCACCAGCGGUGUGCGAUGCUGUUCACCAAAAACCAAAACGCGUACUACUGCUUUACGCACGGCGACGUGACAUGUGAGGAGUGAUUGCUCGUGCACACCUGGAUCGUGGACACCGUUCUGCUCACAUUUUGCAAUAUUUUAGGAACUUGCUGUGCACGUCGGGACUGUCUGGACCCGUGUUGGCGAUUCGAGGAGAAACACUGUGUAUUUCUUGGAGUACACCGUUCGUGCAGGAGCAUUACGCGCAACGCACAGCACACGGCAGUGGACGGAGGCUCGAAGCACCCGGUCUUGGCGGUUUUGGAAAGAUCGGGGGCGCGAGGAAAACAACAACCAAACAUGAUACGAAAGGACAAGUUGGAGCCAGCAUGGAUAUAACCCGGGUAAAUCUGUUCGUGGAAAACGUUUCCAACGAUGAGAACGCCACGGACGCACCGCUCGCCUUGCCACACACGCAGACAGCCACUGCACUCAUCAUCCUGGUGGUCAGUGUGAUCAUUUCGGUGACCAUAGUCGGUAAUGUGUUGGUGAUAGUCGCGGUGCUGACCAGCCGGGCUCUCCGUGCGCCUCAGAACCUUUUCCUGGUCUCUCUGGCAUCAGCGGACAUCCUGGUGGCCGCGCUGGUCAUCCCCUUCUCCCUCGCCAAUGAGGUUAUGGGCUUCUGGUACUUCGGCAGUACUUGGUGCGCCUUCUAUUUGGCCCUGGACGUGUUAUUCUGCACCUCGUCGAUCGUGCACCUGUGCGCCAUCAGCCUGGACCGCUACUGGUCAGUCACCAAGGCGGUGAGCUACAACCUGAAGCGGACACCCAAGCACAUCAAGUCCAUGAUUGCUGUCGUGUGGAUCAUAUCUGCCAUCAUCUCCUUCCCCCCUCUGCUCAUGACCAAGCACGACGAACGCGAGUGUCUGCUGAACGACGAGACCUGGUACAUCCUCUCGUCCUGCCUCGUGUCCUUCUUCGCCCCGGGUCUCAUCAUGAUUCUGGUGUAUUGCAAAAUUUACAAAGUGGCCAAGCAGCGCUCCUCCACCGUGUUCGUGGCCAAAAACGGCCUGGAGAGGCAGCCCUCGCAGUCAGAGACCUGCUUCGUCCGCAAGGGCCGGGUUGAGAUGGAGAGCCCCAGUAGCCAAGGCUCGGGCAGCCCCCAGCAGGGGCAGGGGCAGGGGCAGGGCGAGCUGGACGACAUCGACCUGGAGGAGAGCUGCUGCGCGUCGGAUACCAAGCCCCGCAAUCAUCGCUUCGCCAAGCGGAGGAAGGUGGAGGGGUCGGACUGCUGCCCGCCUCGGAGCUGCCGCCUCUCCUGGGCGUCUGCCCGGGCGUUACAGCUCUACCCGGAGCAGAAGAGCCCAGCGGAGCAACCACAGCUGUCCGCGGUCAACAAGACCAAAGUGGCCCAGAUGCGGGAGAAGCGGUUCACCUUCGUGCUGGCGGUGGUGAUGGGGGUGUUUGUGCUCUGCUGGUUCCCCUUCUUCUUCACCUACAGCCUCCAUGCCAUCUGCAGAGACAGCUGCUACAUCCCUGGCGCACUUUUCAACCUCUUCUUCUGGAUUGGCUACUGCAACAGUUCUGUGAACCCCAUAAUAUACACUAUUUUCAACAGGGAUUUCAGAAAAGCCUUCAAGAAAAUCGUAUGCAGAACUCCCAAACGCACAUAACACUGAAAGGGACACAUGUAUUUCCGCCUCCCGUUCUUCUUGGUUGACUAUUAGUCCCCCUCCCCAAAUCAUUUUAAUGUAACUGUUAUCAUAUUGCGGGGUAAAGUUGCAGUCUCGUGUACACAUUUUAAAUGUUCAUGAAUAAAAUGUCAAGUGGAGAAACACAAAAGAAAAGGAAGAUCUUUAGUCGGACAGUGUUCUUGAAAAUGUUAGCAUCAAACACGGUCAAUUAUUUAAUCAUCAGAUAUAUUCAGCCCACUUGAGAUAUGCAAAGUUUUAAUAUAGGUCACUGUAUAACAAGUCCGCGUGAGAAAAGGAACUGCUCGUAUUGGAUCAGUCUUUUAUGCUGCAUCAAGCGGGCGGAGAGAGCUACUUCAGAGUGAAAAGGAAGUCUGGGUCCCUGUGCUGGUGGCUGGAUCACAGUGGGUGUUUUAUGUCGAGAUAAAUAGAUGAUCAAGCUCCACCAUCCAUAAAAUAUACGCAUGGGGACGAGCAAAUCAGUUUCACGGAGACACAGUAUGUUGCAUGGCUGAUGUGUUUGGCAUCACUACAGGUAAUGCAGAUACACCUUUGCUGUCGUCCGAUGCUCAUCAGUGAACCCCCAAACUUACAUAAGAGUCUAAUCUCACACCCCCACCACACGUCACAUCACCUCACACCAGAACAAUUGCCAAGCUGAGGCCUGCGUGUGUGUGUGUGUGUGUGUGUGUGUGUGUGUGUGUGUGUGUGUGUGUGUGAAACUCUAUUUGAUAAAUCUGCAUAUUCCAUUUCAACCCUAGCUCAAUAUUUUGUCAGUAAAUAUUCAAACCGUGCGGGAGCACAAUUCUGCUACACAACCUGAUCUCAGUAUCACGGGACAGGAGUUUAAAUCUGGGUUAUGUUGUCCCACCCAAAUUCGUUUUCUAUGCUUUGACAAGUAAAAAAGUUUCUGGCAAGAUGAUAAAAAUAACUAUAUUUGACUGACUGUGAUAUUGAAUGUUACUAGGAAGGCUUUUCUAAAAAAAAGAAAAGAAAAGAAAUGAUAAUAAUAAAAAGUAGCAUCUCUGGA